AUGGUGAAAUUAACGACGGAUGUCAUUGAAAGAAAAUGUUCUCAAAUAUUGACAGCCAAAUCGCUCAGUAAGACAAUGAAAAAGGAGGAGUUGUGGAAGUUGACUCACUUGCAUAUGAACGAUAUGUUUAUCAGCACUAUUGGCAACCUCGACGUCUGUAAAAGCUUGAAAGUAAUGUAUCUUCAAAAUAAUAAUAUAUCGAAAAUCAAGAAUCUGCAUUCCGCUUGCAAUCUGACGCAUUUGUACUUGCAACACAAUGUGAUUAUGAAAAUGGAGAAUUUGGAAUUUCUGGAAAAUCUGCAGAAACUUUAUCUAGGGCACAAUAACAUCAUCGUGGUCGAGGGACUGGAAAAUCUAAAGCAAUUGCAAGAAUUGCAUAUCGAGAGUCAGAGGAUACCGCCCGGUGAAUCAUUUUGCUUCGAGCCACGCAGCGCUUUUACUUUAUCUACAUGUUUAAAGAUUCUCAAUAUUUCUGACAACAAUAUGACAUCCUUGAGAGAUCUAACGGGUUUUCACAAAUUAAACACGUUGGAGGCAAAGCAUAAUCUCGUCGAUAAUAUGGACGAUUUGACUGCGACGAUAAACACGUUGACCUCCUUGAAGUCUCUGUUCUUGCACGGCAAUCCUGUUGUACAGUCUUAUAGGUACAGAGAGAAUCUGAUCGCCAACAGCAUUUCGUUAGUUAAUCUCGACGGGAAAAUUGUAACUGACACUUGUCGGAGUUUCAUGAUGAGGUUUAAAAUGGAGAAGCAUCGCCGAUGCACAAGAAAGACAACCAAAACACCGUUAGGAGAUGAUAUAACGAACUCUUUAAACUUGCCACCAGCCUUCAAGAGGUCCAUCUCACGGGCGAUCUUUCAGCAUCCCGGACCACAAUUAUCUAUAAAGAUUACACCCGGAUCGGUGGAAACUCAGUUACAGAUGUUUCCAUUUUGGAAAUCAGCAUCUGGUAUCAGAAAUAUCAAGGAUAAUCAUGUGACACCGAGGCCGUUCUGGAGCAACAUACCUAAAAGCAAGGAGACCCGGUUAACACGUUCUCUUGUGAAUAAUAAAACAAUCGUGUUACCACCCAUUUAAUUUCUCUCACCGAUUUCGUUUAUGAUAAAGUAAAUGUCGUAAAUAAAUCUCGCGGAAGAAAUUCGUCAAGUGAGGAAUAAUACGCAAUAGGCAGUGAUUUGAGUUACGAUACCAUUUUUAUAGAACUUUCUAGCGAUAAGGCUACAUUUGCAUUACUUUCGUGUAUCCUACUUAAGAAUAGUUUCACAAACGUAAGUAAAAUUAACUGCGAUGUAUGUAUAUUCAAUAAAAUUGUGAUAGUUACAGAUAGACGUCAGCGUAAAUCCACGGUACAAAAAUGUCAGACGCAGUGGAAGUAUGAUUAAUCUUGUAUAAAUGUGUGUAUGUGUGUGUGUGUGUGUGUGUAUGAGUGAAAUAGAGAAAAAGAGAAGUUAGGUAACUCUAUUUUAUAUUAAAUAUAUGAUAAUACUU